UCUUGGGUUCCCGUGCUACUACUAAUUGAUAUUCACGUAUGUUGUAUACUUAUUAACAGCGUUGUGCUGAUAUACUAGUGCUCUAUCCAUGAUAUGGUAGCAUAAUCAGUCCCCACCAAAAAAGGACAGUAUGGCAGUAUACUCUAGUUUCGCAAUACGAAGCGAUACUGUGCAAGUCUCAGUCCACUGGAUGCCUCUCUUUACAAGAUCAUGGUCGUUCCGGAACAAUUUGUUCGGGCGGUCCGGAGAAAUCCGCGCGUUUUCAUCUUCAAACCUCCUCUUCGAUAUUCCACUUUCAGGGAUAAACAACUUCUUCAUACCCCACCUCGAAGUUGACAAGGUCAUCCCAGGCAGGGUGUGACUGCCAGUCGCAGGAUAUGAGCAAUGUGUCCUGCAUAGCAUGGAGGAUCCCAUGCUCGGGACCCCGUUCCUUGAGCUUGCUUCAAUCUAAUCCACGUCCCGUCUGUAGCGUGUCCCCGCCAUGGCGUCUAGAUAUGCUAUCUAGACGGUUUCUUGGCUCUCUGAAUCCUUUUCCUCCUGCGACUUUCCACCGGAGGAUAGUACGGCUUCCAACCCCCGUCCGGCCGUUCACGGUUUCGAGUUGUUUACUGGUUCCCAGAAAUGAUCAUGGUGUCCAAAUUCGCCCACAACCCUUUUCGUCCGCUGAAAUAAAUGCCAUUUUCGGGACCCGCGCAAGAAUAUCUCCUCGAUUGGGAAACCGGAUUCUCGCCGUUCUACAGGGUAGGCGUCUUGAUGGCACUCUUGACCUCGAACUUCCUUCCGAUAUAGCUCGCUCUGCCCGACCCUCUAGUCUCGAUGCGGCUUUGCAAUGGCUUCGCAAAAAUUACCCACUGGACGAAGACGCUGCCAUCAUUGCACGAAUCGAGCAGGAAGAGCAGCAGCAGGAGGAGAAAUUAACCCGACGCGCCGAGGAACUAGGCCUCUACAAACCCCAGAGUGGCUCUUAUGGCGCUGAGCUGGGCGACUCAAACGAUCCAUAUGGGAAAAGUGUUCUGAAAGAGGCGAGGAAACGAAACGAAGCACGGCUCUUGGCCGAGCAAGACAAGAAACGCCAAGAAUGGCUCGACGGUGAACAGAAGGAGCGCGAAAAGCUGGAGCACAUGAGGCAGAAGAAUACGGCGCUUCAGAAAUUCGAGGAUUCGGCAGCCUUGGAGGUGCGGGAACGUGCGGAUCCCAACCAGCGUCCACUCCUGGCAUGGAUACAAAAGCACCAUUUACGCGCCACUGAUUGGGACCUGGAUGUGUCUAAGUUGACGAACGGUGGUCGGAUUCUCCGCAUCCUUAGCAUCACACUCGUCACCACUGGCCUUUGUUACCUUUUUGCAGACAAUUACCAAGCCCCAGCAAAAAGCGACCGGCUGUGGCCUGAUGUCCCUCCAGCAGCAGCUACCAUUAUGACUAUUAUAGGCACGAAUGUCGGUGUUUUUCUUCUAUGGAAGCUGUGUCCACCGGCUUGGCGGCUUCUUAAUCGCCACUUCAUAACUGUUGCUGCCUACCCUCGCCCGCUUAGCUUGAUUGGGAACGUCUUCAGCCAUCAAACGGUGAAACAUCUCCUAAUUAACAUGGUAGUCUUAUGGUUCGUUGGAACAAAACUACACGAUGAAAUCGGCCGUGGGAACUUCCUGGCUCUAUAUAUGGCUUCUGGCGUGUUUGGGUCUUUCACGUCUUUGACAGCCAAUAUCUUGAGAGGGAAUUUGGCCCUUACUGCCCUUGGAGCCAGUGGAGCCAUUUCAGCUCUGGUUGCUGCCUGGUGUAUGCUCCAUGCUAAUGAGAAGUUCACUUUCUUCUUUCUCCCACCUGAAUGGCAGGAUGUUGCCUCAGCAAAAGGAUGGAUGGUCCUGUCUGGUCUUGUUGUCUUGGAAUUCGUUAAUAUGUUUACACGCCGGGCAUUGAUCGAUUACUGGGCGCACCUCGGAGGAUUUCUGGCAGGAGCCCUAUGGUCAACAGCAUACAAGAAGAAAUUAAAAGAACAACAGUCGGAUAAGUCCUGGUUUGAGCGAACCUUUCGGGGUUGAUGUUCGAAAGCAAGGGUGGAGCUGUAUGACUGCCACUCAGCCAUAGGUUUGAAACCUACAAUAGAGUUCUUUUUACUUCUCUCCUUGUAUA